ACGAACUGAACUGCAUACAAACAAACAUUUUGGGGUUCAGAUUUGCCAGAAGAUUGAGAGAAUAACAAGGCUGAAGGCAGAGCAAGGUAUCAAUGGAAAAGGGGAUAGACAAGCAAGCAUUGUAAGUAAGGAAGCCAUUCUUUCUGUCCCAACUCCAUUCCCCUGCUAACACAUAUAAAGUUUGUCUGUUCUAAUACUCCAACCAACCACAUCACAGACUUGAGCAACAAGCAUGGCUUAUCGAAAUCGUUUUUGCAACCAUCUUGCCUGCAUCCUCUUCACCUUCUGCAUUGCAGUUGCUUCAGCACAAAACUCGACCACGAGUAGCAGAACAUUCACGCUAUACAACAACUGCAACGAGACAAUCUGGCCAGGUAUCAUAACCAAGGCCGACCACAACGACUCUGCAGGCGACAUUGGGUUCCCCUUGCAGCCCGGCCAAACCGCCUCCUAUCCUGCCCCACCUGGAUGGAGUGGCCGAAUAUGGGGUCGAACUGGCUGCACCUUCAACGCCACCAAUGGCACAACUACUGGGAGUUGCCAAACAGGCAGCUGUGGCACUUCCCUCAACUGCACCACCCCAAGUUCACCUCCCAACACCAUCGCAGAAUUCACCCUUGGGGAUGACCACGACCUUGAUUUCUAUGAUGUCAGUCUCGUAGACGGGUUCAACUUGCCUCUGGUGGUGUCUCCAUUGAACGGCAAAGGAAACUGCAGCAUUGCUGGAUGUGAUGGUGACCUGAGGCAGAGUUGCCCUCAGGAACUUGGGGUCGAAUCUGACCACGACAGGGUGGUUGCGUGCCAGAGUGCCUGUCAGGUGUUCGACAGCGAUGAGUAUUGCUGCCGUGGGAAGUACUCAGAUCCAAUGGUAUGCGUGGCAAACAAUUACUCGGAGGCAUUCAAACAAGUAUGCCCUGCAGCAUCGAGCUAUGCACUCGAUGAUCGUACCACAGUGAUGACAUGCUCUGCAUCUGAUUACUUGAUCACCUUUUGUUCAUCGAGGGAAUCAAACACUGUGCUCCUACCAUGACAACAAGGUGGUUUGCAGUAAUAAUAACAGCAUCAGUUCCUCCUCGAAUGAUCAGUUUCAAGUUCUACCUUUUGCAUGGUGGCUUCCGAUGGUGGCCUGGAUAUUGAGAUAUUUUAUGUAGCACCUAUAAGAGCACUGAGAUAUGGCAGAGAUCUACUGAACCUUGUAUACUGCACAAAUAUGGUAGAGAACUACAACCAGAAUUUUCUGUACUCUUACAAAACUAU